AUGAAACGACCGUUAAGUCUGAGAUACAUUGAUAAGGAUAAAAUUGAUUAUAUCUUAUCAUCUAGGAAAUGGAAGAGUUUUAAAAGUUGUGAAGUUUGGGAUAUUUGCAUAAGUGAAAAAGUUCAAGUAGGAUAUUAUAUUGUGGAUUGGAUCAAUUUAUUGUCAACAAAAUUGAUACUAUUAAUGUCAUUGAAGAAUGGAUUGGAAAAUAGCGUAUGUGAUGUUGAUGAUAUUCAUGAUGUUGAUGUUGAUGAUGAUAAUAAUAAUGAUAAUAAUAAUAAUAAUAAUAGCAGUGGACAAGUUCGCCGCGGAUUAUAUGAUCCAAUGUUAACAUAUACUGAUAGCAUUGAUAAGAUUGCUGCAAAUUAA